AUGUCGUCUACAGAAGGAGAGACUAUUACUUGCAAGGCUGCCGUCGCUUGGGGCCCUGGGGAGCCGCUCAAGCUAGAAGAUGUGCGUGUUUCUCCACCUCGUGCAGGAGAGGACGUGUACACGCUCUCCGGCAAGGAUCCCGAAGGUCUUUUCCCGUCUAUUCUAGGACAUGAGGGUGCAGGCGUUGUUGAAUCGAUUGGCGAGGGCGUCACGAACGUCAAGGUCGGCGACCACGUCGUGCUCCUCUACACUGCCGAGUGCGGCAAGUGCAAGUUUUGUCUUUCGGGCAAGACCAAUUUGUGCCAGGCAGUGCGUGCGACGCAAGGCAAGGGUGUGAUGCCCGACAACACGCGGCGUUUUGAAUCUGUGCGCACGAACGAGCCGCUGUACCACUUUAUGGGCACCUCGUCGCUGUCCCAAUACACGGUCGUGUCGCAGUACUCGCUUGUCACUGUGAAUCCCAAGGCACCGAUGAACCGCACGUGUUUGCUUGGAUGUGGUGUCACUACUGGAUAUGGCGCUGCGGUGUACACGGCCAAGGUCGAGCCCAAAUCGACUGUCGCUGUGUUUGGCUGCGGCUGCGUCGGCCUUGCGGUGAUACGUGGCGCCAAGGAGCGUGAAGCGGCGAAGAUCAUUGCUGUUGAUACAAAUGACGAAAAGAAAUCGUGGGCGACCAAGUUUGGUGCGACUGAUUUUGUCAACCCCAGCAGCCUGUCCACCAACGACGGCAGCAAUGCUGUCGUUGAUAAGCUUGUCGAAAUGACCGACGGCGGUCUUGACUACACGUUCGACUGCACGGGAAAUGUGCAUGUUAUGCGCACUGCGCUGGAGGCAUGCCACAAGGGCUGGGGUGUCUCAACUGUGAUUGGUGUAGCUGCUGCGGGCCAGGAGAUUGCUACGCGUCCUUUCCAACUGGUCACUGGGCGCAAGUGGCAGGGAUCGGCAUUUGGCGGUGUCAAGGGCCGUACGCAGCUGCCUGGCAUUGUCGAUCGCUACAUGCAAGGCACGUUUCCAUUGGAUGACUACAUCACGCAAACCGUGUCGCUUGAGGACGUGAACAAGGGCCUGGAAUACAUGAAAGACGGCCAGUGCAUCCGCUGCAUUGUGGACAUGACCAAGUAG